AUGUCUGCUGAUUUGCUCGCUGAGUUUGGGAUCAGCAGUUCUGCGACGACCACACAAGGAAUAUCUCAGGCGGAGUCUUCGGAUUCAUUUUUCGAUGAUGACUUUGACUCCUUUGUGUCCCCGGAACCUGCAGACACCAUCUCACUAGGUCUCAAUGAGGGCAUUGCAAGGCAUGAAACCCACCAUGUAGGCGCCCAAUAUGCGCUUGACGCAGCGACAUUACCUCCAGUUACCCAAGACUCAGAGGUGUUGUUCGACGCAUCUACUGCAGCAAUUUCAAAUGAAGAUGAUGAUUGGGGUACAUUUGAAAGAGCGGAACCUGCCCCGAGCGGUCAAUUACUUGACUUUGGAAAUGAAGAUCAAGAAUUGGCUAUGCCUGUUCAGAACACAAGGCAUUCUGUAUCUACCGCCUCAGCCUGUCUUGACCUUCUUUCACCUGAUGAUAGGCCGCCACUAAAUAAGAGCAUAGCCUCGCAGAUUACUCCAAGCCAAAGACAUCUGCAAACAUUCAAAAAGCCAACUCCAAAUCAGAAAGCUCCAUCUCAAAGUCAACCCAAGACAAACCCCCCUGAAGAUGACUUCUUCGGGCAAUGGGAUAGCUUUGAAGACGGCCCUGCUACCCCAAACCCACUGUCGCAACCUACAGUCGUGACUGGUUCAAAAGGAUUGAAAAAUAGUAAGAUACCGUCAACUAGAACUCGGAAUUCUUCGCAAUCACAGUCCGUUGUUCGCCCCACCAAUAUUCCUCCGCCUUCCAUUCUUCUCCAAAUUUUCCCUUCUCUCUUGGAGAAUUUCCGCGAACAGUUAAAUGAUACGAAGCGGGGAUCCACGAGCUCUACGUCUGGACUUACACUAAAUCUGAGCUGCAUUCUUAAAACAGCUUCUCGUAUCAUUGCAGGUCGCAGUUUACGGUGGAAGAGAGACGUGAGAUUGAGCCAAAGCAUGAAAAUCGGGCCAGCACAGUCUGGUAAAACCAGUGGAAUGAAAUUGAGCUCUGUCAGCAGAGGCGAAUCGAUCAAAGAGGAGCAAGAGGCUGUGGGACUCAUUGACAUAUGGCGCCAUCAUGCUUCCGUAUUCAAUUCGUUUCUUCAGUCAUCCGGUGAGCGGCCCAUACCCGUUAGUAUGGACAAAGUCCGCAUCACGACCGCAGGCCCAGAACAGGGCGCACUUAAAGCUUCUCAUGCCUGCGCUUUGUGUGGAUUGAAGCGGGAUGAGAGACUGCCCAAAGUCGACGACGAUGCGCAGGACAGUUUCGGAGAUUGGUGGGCUGAACACUGGGGACAUACGGACUGCAAAUGGUUCUGGGAAGAGAACUCAAAUAAACUCAGUCAUCGCUGA